GGAGCAGCUGCCUGGGCACGACAAAAGCUCCUGUUGUCCUGCCACAAAGUGCCAUUAUUCACGUUAUUUUGGGCAAAACCUUGCAUGGCAUCUCUGUCAGGCACAGCCUCCAAGAAGGUGACACCACCAAGAAGGUGACACCACUGAGAAGGUGACAGCCAGCCCUGCUGAGCACCGGCAGCAUGUCCCAGGCAUCACCACUGCCACGGCUGCCAUGGGGCCGGCCCAGUGUGAAGGCAGUGGUCACUGCUGGGUUUUUUGUCACCAUGCUCUGGAACCUGAAGUGCUUCAUCAACUCAUCUAACAUCUCUGGUGAAGCCCCCAAGCAUACUAAGCCUCUGGUGGUCCUGGUGUGGGAAUGGCCUUCAAAUCAGGUCCCAGACAUCAGUGGGGACAUUUGUCAUGAGUUGUACAGCAUUGAGGGAUGCUGGCUCACCAUGGAGCAGCAGCUCCUGCACCAGGCAGACGUGGUGGUGUUUCCUCACACCAGGCUCCAGCAGGGCAGAGACAAGCUGCCCCGGGAGAGGCCACCAGGGCAGAACUGGGUGUGGGUCUCCCUGGAGUCCCCCACAAACACUAAAGCAUUAGCAGGAUGGAACCAGACCUUCAACUGGGUGAUGACCUACAGACGAGACUCGGACAUCUUCAUCCCCUAUGGCAAGCUUGUGCCCAACCAGUCAGCCACCAUGAACAUCCCCAUGAAGACCAACUUGGUAUCCUGGGUUAUUAGCAACUAUCACAGGACUCAGAAAAGAGCUGAAGUCUACAAGAACUUGUCCAGGUACCUCCACGUGAACAUAUAUGGGAAGGCAAACAAAAAUCCGCUUUGCAAAGACUGCCUUUUGCCAAUGACAUCCAAGUCCAAGUUCUACCUGGCCUUCGAGAACUCCAUCCACAAGGACUACAUCACUGAGAAGCUCUGGAGGAACUCCCUGAUGGCUGGCACUGUGCCUGUGGUGCUGGGGCCUGCCCGGGCCAACUACGAGCAAUUCAUCCCCGCAGACUCAUUUAUUCAUGUUGAUGACUUUAGUUCCCUGGCAGAGCUGGCCACCUUCCUGAAGACCAUGAACUCCAGCCGUUACCAGCAGUUCUUCACAUGGCAGAAGAAGUACAGUGUGAAGCUCUAUGCAGACUGGAGGGAGCGCAUCUGUACCAUCUGCGUCAUGUACCCCAGCCUGCCCCAAGGCCGUGUCUAUCCUGACCUGGAGAGCUGGUUCAACAACUAGUGCAGGGCUGACACGUGCUGAGGGCACUCAGCACUGCCAGAGACAUCAGGGAUGCAUUUGUGCAGAAGAUAAAAGUGGGAGGAGUGUGGGGCACACUGCAACGGAACAGGAUGCUGUGCAGGGAGGGAUGUGGGACCUCUAAUACUCGCCCUGUUGUUGCCACACUAUUACCUUGAGCAACUCUGUGUGACUUAGCUUCCUGCAAAAUGUGACUAUCCCCCCAUACUAUCCCGCUAUGGUGCUGGCAUAACCAGAGGGUGCUUUGGAAAUAAAUGACACAGGUUUCCAGA